AUGCAGAGCCAGGAAAGUGGCGCGACCAGGCCGGAGAGCCAUGAGGACCCCCAAGCGGCGGCGGGCAGGGAACCCAUGACGGCCCAGCGAGUCAUCCGCCUGCAUUGCGAGCUGCUCGCUUUCUUCACCGACCUGCAGACGGCGGCCGACGCCAAGCAGUCACUGCGGCAGACCAAGUUUGAGGAGGCCCUGCGGCUGCGUAUGGAGCGCCUGAAUGGCUCCAGGGAGUUCAGCACCAAAAAGUUGCAGGAGAUCAAGGACGGCUGGGCUCAGUCCACCACCAAGACCACGCUGCCGGACCUCCUGGACUCCCUGAACACUCAGCGCACGCUGUGCUCUGAGAUGUUGGACCACAAGAUGGAGCUCAUCGGCGAGCUGCAGAAGAAAUGGGUGGACGGCGACGAGCGCCACUCCAUCGACCUCCGCAAGCAGAAGGAGGCCCUGGACUUGAUGAUUGAGCGCAUGGACAAGGUGAGGCACAUGACCAUGGCCAACAAGGAGCUGGCGCACAUCCAGAGCCCGCAUGACAUCUUCUUGACGCAAAGCCUGCGCGAGUGGGAGGGCUUCCAGACGGAGCUGCGGGCUCGGCGCAAGGAAUGGCUGACCCAGAGGAAGCUGGCCAUGGAGGAGUACGAGAACGCCAUGCCGUUGCUGGAGCUAGCGCAGGAGCAGUGCAACGCGUCCAAGCGCUCCAUCGACAUGAAGCUGAUGGAGCUGGAGCGGGAGCAGGAGGAGAUUAAGGGCAAGCGCAACGUGCUGGAUGCCCGCAAGCUGAGCUGCGACGAGAAGCCCGAGGUCAUCUACCUGCUGCGCAAACGCGUCAACACGCUCAAGGUGCAGCUGAGCGACAUCAUGAAGAUGAUCCAGAUGGAGGAGGAGAGCUUCCAACGGCGCGAGCAGCAUCUGCUGGAUGACAUUCGUCACAGCAUGGCGCAGCACAAGCGCAUCCAGAAGAAGACCAAGCACUUCGCCCUGUUUGACGCGCAGACCUUUGUGAAGAUGUCCAGCAUGCUGGUGGCCGAGGUGAAGCUGCUGGCCGAGAGCGCGCUGGCGACCGACUCGCACCUCUGUGCCCACCUGGGCCUGACGUGGGAGCGGCCUACCGCCGUCAUCGAGCGCCGCUACCCCAUCCAGCCGCAGGACCGCUUCGAGAUGGUGGCGCAGGUGUACGCCGAGAGCGUGGCCGAGGUGGACGCCAAGACCAUGACGGCGCUGCUGGGGUUGCUGUCCGACGAGCUGGGCUUCCUGAUGGAGAACAGCGAGCAUCUCGGCUUCCUGCGCAACGAGCGCCGCACGGCCGAGAAGCUCCUGGGCCUGCUCAACGCCUUUGACUUCUACGACGACGACCUCAACAGGCUGGCGGCCUUCCUGCUCAAGUAUGAAGAGCAGCACCGAGAGCGGGCUGAACAAAAGGAGGGCGACCCAGAUGACGGUGACCCGGAAGGCAGCGACUCGGACAGCGGCGACCCGGACAGCGGCGACCCGGACAGCGGCGACCCGGACAGCAGCGACCCGGACGGGGACGCCCCGGAUGGCGACGCCCCCGUACAGCUCAUCCAUCCUAACAACGUCCUGCCCGCGUUCUUGAGCUUCGUCAGCUACCGCGUGCACCGCAUGAAGAAUUCAGCACUGCGCCAUUAUCUGGACUGGGACGAUGAUGCAGAUAAAGCCUUCUGGGACAGUUUGGCCAACAUCAUCCCGGAGGAGAAGCUCAGAAUCUGGGACGCCGCCGAGAUCGCCUUGACCAAGUACCUGGCCGUCCUGGAGGAGAACUCAGAAAUAUUCCGCAAGAAUGUCACACUGGAGGAGGAAAAUAGAGAGCUGCGCAGGCAGCUGGCAUGCGAGACUGACGGAAGUGCUUUUCUGCUCAAGGACUUCCUGGAAAAGGACGGUUAAGAUCCAAGACCCACUGCUGGAGCCCCACGACAACCAACAAAAUAAUAAAAAAGUGCAAGAACAAAUCAA